CCCAGCCCAGCCCAGCCCAGCCCAGCCCGCGGGCCCGGCGCUGGCGGGCGGCAGGACCUGCACCACCGCCGCCAGCCGCAGCGGGAUGUUUCAUCGUCCGGAAAUGAUGGAAAAGGACUGACUGCGGCCGCGGGGGGACAGCGGGGGCGAGUGCGGGGUCGCGUGUUAGUUUUGUUGGAGGGGGGCGCAGGCUCUGCGUGACUCGGUGAGAAAGCUGGCAGAUGUCCCAAGUGGGAGAACCUCUUCCUCCAGGGCCUGAAGGGCCAGAGCAAGCUCCGACUGAAAGCAGCGCUUUGAUCUCUCUCCCUCGAGAAAAAACUGACCAACAAAAUCCUGCGGCAGGAGAUAAAGACAUAAAACAGCCUUCCAGUAACCAAAGUGUACAGCCAGAGAUACAAGAGCAGUCUGUCUGGGGAAAUCGCACUGAUGGUGACCUCAUCAGAACACAACCUCAACGCUUGCCUCAGCCAAAUGCUUCAGCACUGGAAAGGGGUGAGGAAGAAAGUGGCAAAGUACAAAAUGGCCAUGUGGGCCUGAGUAAUGGAAGUGGAAUUCACAAUGGGGUCAAGCAUGCAUCUGCAGACAACAGAAAACUUUCAUCUCCUGUUUCAGAAAAAAUGCACAGAAAAAUUCAGUCCACCUUGUCUGUCAACAGUGACGGCAGCAAGAAGAGUAAAAUAAGCUCUGCAUUUUCUCAAAAGCCAGGUACUUCACCUGAAGAUUGCUGUGUUCACUGUAUCCUGGCUUGCUUGUUCUGUGAAUUUCUCACUCUCUGUAACAUUGUACUGGGACAAGCAUCCUGUGGCAUCUGCACAUCGGAGGCCUGCUGCUGUUGCUGUGGGGACGAGAUGGGAGAUGACUGUAACUGCCCUUGUGACAUGGACUGUGGCAUAAUGGAUGCAUGUUGUGAAUCUUCAGAUUGCUUGGAGAUCUGCAUGGAAUGCUGUGGGAUCUGCUUCCCAUCCUGAAAUACUUAUCCCUUUCUAAUCUCUUAAAAACUGGAGAGCUUUUCUUUAAAUACAUUUGAAGAAAGACAAGGUAAGAUUUUCACACAACCAACUGGUAUUGCACUGUUCAUUCCCUAUAUAUAAAUAUUUUUUGUAAGCAGUCCUCAAAUCUGUCUUCUAACACAAGUUGUAUAGUUUUGUAUGUGAAACUCAAGCUACAUUCCAGCUUCCUUUUGGCUUUGCAAAUGGAAGAUUUUAAUGAAAAUUAUAGGCCUGAUACUGCAGGCAAUAUAUGAGGGCAAAGUUGCCAUUUGAAUUUAGUGACAGAUUUUAGUUGGAGUAAAGACUACAGGACAAAGCCUUAAGUAUUUGCCUUUACCUACUUUAACGUUUAAAUGCUCAAAUGCCUACAUACAUAACAUUCCAUUACAGGAAUUCUUAAAAGCAAAAUGUCUUUGUUUCGGUCUCCUUGGGUUCGAACUAACCUUGUUCUAUAAUCUUAAACUAAAUUCAGUUCUCAACACCACUAACCUACUGUUGGUUUUGCUACCAUGGUCACACUGACAAUGUUUCUUUUGUUUUGAAUAUCUCAUUUGUUUGAAAGAUAUUCCUCGUAUUAUGUUAAUAGUACAUGUAGAUUUGACAAUCUGGAGUCAAUGUAAAUUUUACUAUCAAUUAGAGUACCAAGGUUUCAUUGUUAUCAAUCAAGACAGAAUAGAGAACUUUUGUUCUACUUCAUUACUAAUAUUAGUUGAAAUGCUUCUUUUUAGAAACAGACUUUGGAAAUCUGUGUAGACAUGAAAUAUAUCCAUAGACUAAUAAAUUAACAAAUCUUAAAAAUUUGGCUAUUAAGGGGAAUAUAUCAAAAGUUAACUCAAGAAUCUAAAUCUGUACAUUAGAGGCCCUGCCAGGUUUUGUGGCUUUACAGUUAGUAUAAUGUAAUUUAAUAUUUAUUCAUUGUGUGAGCAUGAUCCAUACAAGAUUGCACCAUUUAAACUGGAUAUAAAGACCAAAUUAAAACCGACUCAAUCAAGGAAUUCUGUCAUCAUAUAUGAGAAUAUUACAUUUGCUUUUUGCAUAUGUUUUAAGUGAUAUUUUUUAAAAAGCUAUGUAAAAAAGGGAUAUAUUUUAAAAGUAUAUCCUUUUCAUAUAAAAAUAAUAUAAUUUGAAAAGUUGGUAAGUACACAGUUAGGAUUUGGUUGGCAAUUUUUUCCCUAUUAUACCAUUAAGACUUUCUGAGAAAAAUCUGUCUUUGUCUUUGCAAUUGUGAAAUUAAUUUAGUCCAAUGCAUAGAAAGGUUUACGACAUUCCCAGAUUUAGGGAAUAAUGGUACCCAUUUUAUUUCCCAUUUGCUAGUUUCUCCCCUCUAUGUCUGUAGCUCAUUAACUUUACUGCAUAAAACCACCUGUACAUCUUGAUCUCACAUACUGAAUCUUUCCUACCUACACUUCAGAUUUCCUAUUUGGAGAUUGUUGGAUCUAGUAAAUUUAUACCUUGUUAAAGAGUCAUCAAUAGCCAAUACCAUAUUUCUGUUAAGUGAAUUGAUCAUAAAUGUCUCUUUCCACUGGAGUGAAUUCAGUUUAUGCAAAUGUGACAAACUAAACAUCACAGGAAUGUGAAGCUAAGUCAACAAAUUGCCUUAUAUUAAUCCAAGCUUCUACCUGUGAACACUGACUAGUAGUGCCUACUACUGCAAGUUAUCACUGAAGGUAAAAUAGCCAAAUCCUCAACUAUAUUUGGGAGCUGGGAGGUGUUACCUUUUGCCUUAACAUCUGCAUAUUGUGGUAUAUUCUGAUGCAAUGCAGAUUUACUCAGAGGGUGUCUUAUCUGCUUUUUGAUAGUAACUACAAGAAGUGAUCCAUAUGUGGUGGUUUGGUUUUGUUUUGUUUUCCCCAUAUGUUGGGCCAGAUUCAGAUCUGUGUUGCAUAAACUGAGUACAUUUCCAUUAAUGUCAGAAUUUUCCAUUGGUGUAGUUCCAGUUAGAGAGCACAAAGAUAUUAUGGUAAUAGGCAGGCUAAUAAGCAAUCAUAUAACUAAAUUGAUAAAUUCCCUGAGCUCAGAAUCAGGCCCAUGGGGCUCAAUUAUGACUCCUAAAAGUCUGAACCACAUUGGGAAGGGGGAAGAGGUGCAUUGGUUGAGUGGCAGUGCCUGGAGGCAUUUUGCCUUUGUAAGGCAUAAUGCCUCUGGGGAAAUUGGGGGCAUCACAGUGAGCACUGGGACUUGAUGCACCUUGGAAAAAGUGUAGACAGUGCUUCACCCAUUGUAGGCCUAUGGUUGACACAGUGGUGGUGGGGCCAUGCUCUCUGGGGCCAGGUAGCACCACUAGCUGUCUGUCCUUCCUUGUGUCCUUGUCACCACAGAGAGGUGAAUUAUGGCUGUUUCCUGUCUGAUUGUGCUUCUGGAGGUGGGGAAAAGUACUUCCUGUCUCCUGUCCUGUUAGGACAUCCCUGCCCGAGCAUUUCCAACGUUGUGUUUGGAAAACUGCACAUUUGCAUUUCAAGCUUUCAGUGAAUACUGGAUGUAAAAAUUACUUUUACCACAGGAUGAUAUAGUAUAAAAAACGAAAAUGUUAAUCCAGGGAGUAUCGUCUGUGUAAAAGAAUUAUACAAUUUAUACAAUCCCUUGUUUCUACUUACAUGAACUCAGAUUUUGUUUUGAUUGUUUGAAAUUAUGAAAAUCUGAGGAAUGUAUUUACUAUUAAGAACGUAUUUCUAGUAUUGUACUGUCCAGUACAAAUUCUAGAUACAAGAGCUCUGUUGAUGCAUCUAUGCAUAUGUGUACACUCUCCUACACGUGCACACACACAGAGACAUAUUUCUUUUCCCAUUUCAUUUGUGAAAUACAAGAAAGUGAAAAUACUGUGUUUAUUAACACAGUGAUUAGAACUAUAAAAUUAUUACAGUUCAAAAAAAAAUUAUGUGAUUUGUUUGACAUUUAAGUGUAAUCUGCUACUAUUUGUCAUAGAGAUAUUAGCACUUUUGUAAAAUGUAUCUUUGUAGCAGAGAAUAUUAGUAUGUAGUUUAAGGAUUUCCUUUUUAUAUUUAUAUUAUUAAAUUCUGUUUUGUAAUUUUCACUCUGUAGACAAUCUUAUAUGCACCUUGUGUCAUUAAAACAAUCAUAAUUAGAAGGAGACAAAUGUGAAAAUAUAGUUUAAAACAUCAGAACUUAAUUGUAUUUUAUAAGAGUUCUUGUGAACUUGUACAGUGUUUCAGUAUAUAUCUCUGCAAACUGUCCCAUUUUGGAAAAAAUGGUAACUUGCUAUUUGUAUUUUCUAUUAACUGGAUGUGCUAUUCUCAAACACUAUUUUGAAAUAAAGAUCUUUAUUUUGAAACUUCGGUAUA